AUGGCUGAAAACGGGAAUGGAAACGUAGCAACAGAAAACGGACUUGCGAAGAUUCAGACGCCGAAGCAGAAAGCUCUUAACGGGAUUUGUCACGAUGAUAGUGGUCCCACGGUGAAAGCGAAAACCAUUGAUGAACUUCACUCAUUGCAGACGAAGAAAUCUGCACCAACUACCCCUAAUACGGGGAAUUCAUCUCCGUUUGCUUCUCUCUCGGAACAAGAACGCCAGCAACUGCAACUUCAAUCAAUUAGUGCAUCCCUUGCGUCACUGACAAGAGAAACUGGACCAAAGGUGGUGAAGGGGGAUCCAGCUAAGAGCCGGAGCCAGAAGGUUGAUCAUGUGCAUCACGUUCAUGUUGCUCCAACCAUUGCUGUUAGUGACAGCGCUUUGAAAUUUACUCAUGUUCUCUACAAUCUCUCUCCAGCUGAACUGUAUGAACAGGCUAUCAAGUAUGAGAAAGGUUCGUUUGUUACUUCCAAUGGAGCAUUAGCAACACUUUCUGGUGCUAAGACAGGUCGUUCUCCUAGAGACAAGCGUGUCGUUAAGGAUGAUGUUACUGAAAGUGAACUUUGGUGGGGAAAGGGCUCUCCUAACAUUGAGAUGGACGAGCAGACUUUUUUGGUGAACAGAGAAAGAGCUGUUGAUUACUUGAAUUCUUUGGACAAGGUGUAUGUGAAUGACCAAUUCUUGAACUGGGAUCCAGAGAACAGAAUCAAAGUCAGAAUUGUCUCAGCCAGAGCAUACCAUUCAUUGUUCAUGCACAACAUGUGUAUCCGACCCAGUCCUGAAGAGCUGGAGAAUUUUGGUACUCCGGACUUCACUAUAUACAAUGCGGGAAAGUUUCCAUGUAACCGUUUCACUCACUACAUGACAUCUUCCACUAGCAUUGAUCUUAAUCUUGCUAGAAGGGAAAUGGUUAUCCUCGGCACACAAUACGCCGGGGAAAUGAAGAAAGGUCUUUUCAGUGUCAUGCAUUAUCUCAUGCCUAAGCGCCAAAUUCUCUCCUUACACUCUGGUUGCAAUAUGGGCAAAGAUGGUGAUGUUGCACUCUUCUUUGGACUCUCAGGUACUGGAAAGACUACUCUUUCUACCGAUCAUAAUAGGUAUUUGAUCGGAGAUGAUGAACAUUGUUGGAGUGAGAAUGGUGUCUCCAACAUUGAAGGUGGUUGUUAUGCUAAAUGCAUUGAUCUUUCCCGGGAGAAAGAGCCUGAUAUCUGGAAUGCAAUUAGGUUUGGUACAGUGCUGGAAAACGUGGUGUUUGAUGAGCAUACUAGAGAAGUUGAUUACUCUGACAAAUCAGUUACAGAAAAUACGCGUGCAGCCUAUCCUAUUGAGUACAUUCCAAAUGCAAAGCUACCAUGUGUUGGACCUCAUCCAAAGAAUGUUAUUCUUUUGGCAUGUGAUGCAUUUGGUGUGCUACCACCAGUGAGUAAACUAAACCUGGCGCAGACCAUGUACCAUUUCAUCAGUGGAUAUACAGCUCUGGUGGCUGGAACUGAGGAUGGUAUAAAGGAGCCGCAAGCAACAUUUUCGGCUUGUUUUGGUGCAGCAUUUAUAAUGUUACACCCUACAAAAUAUGCUGCAAUGCUUGCUGAAAAAAUGGAGAGUCAUGGUGCAACAGGGUGGCUUGUUAACACUGGUUGGUCUGGUGGCAGCUAUGGUACCGGAAGUCGUAUCAAACUAAGUUAUACUAGAAAAAUAAUUGAUGCUAUUCACAAUGGAAGCCUCCUGAAGGCAGAGUACAACAAGAGUAACAUUUUUGGCCUUGAGACCCCAACAGCUGUAGAGGGUGUCCCUUCAGAAAUUCUCGAUCCUGUGAAUGCGUGGGCUGACAAAGAUGCCUACAAUGAGACAUUGUUGAAAUUGGCUGGAUUGUUCAGGAAGAAUUUUGAAACAUUCACUAACUACACAAUUGGAAAGGGUGGUGACAACCUCACAGAAGAGAUUCUUGCAGCUGGACCAAUCUUUUGA